AUGGAAUUUACGAUUUCCGAUAUUACUUUCCUCCAUAUCCUCCAAGAGUCUGACUAUUCCUCGGUUUUCCUAGUGACUUUGCAGGGAAAGUUGUAUUAUCAUACCCUUGAGAGAUCGCAUGCUGAUCCCACUUGGCGGGAAUUUCAACCUUUUAUUUGUGAGAGCACUGCGUACGCUCGCCUCAAAGAGCAUAGGCUAUGCCAACAAGGAAUAGUACCGGACUUCCAUGGCGUGAUAAACUCAUAUCGGCCUUUUCUAGAUCGCGUAUACGCAGGCAUUAUACAUGAUGAUACCUACCCUCGAAACAUGAUGAUACAAAACCACACAGACAGGGUCCUAUGGAUCGAUUUUGAUCGCGCGCCGACCUUUCCGGAGAACGAGGCUGUUCCUGAGCGGAAAUUAGAGUGGAUGAGGGAUGAAAAAGCACUGGCGGAUGAGUUUUUUGACGACUUGGCACAAGAUUAUAAGGAUGGCAAACUGUCUCGUGCGCGGUCUUGGUAUUACUCGUGA